UAUUCCUCUAUAUAUACCCCUGCAACAUAAGCAUCCUUUUCUUCAAGUAACCCAAACCGAGAGAGAGAAAAUCAAAAACGAAAACAAUAUAAAACUCGAAGCCGCAAAAAUUCAUUCGCACACAGCGUAGUAUAAAGAAAUCUGCAAACUCAAGUUUCAAUCAGAUUCAGUGGGCGCUGAAAUUUGCUUUGUUGAAUUGAGUUUUUCUUCUUUUUGAGGUUUAUAUGCUUUUAUUGAAACCAUUGGAGUUUAAGUCCCAAGCAGAAUAUCAGGAUCUCCUCUCACAUAAAGCAUCAUCACAAUAUGGACUCUCAACAGCUUUUCAGUUUCAAUGCGACUAGUGCAGGAUUACCUUACAUGCCAUCUUUUCCCACUAUUCCAUCGCUACCCAACUUGCUUGGAUCCUUCAAAGCUGACAGAGGAAACUCACCCAAUUCACCUUUUUCCACUCACUUCGAUUCUGAUGCUCUUUCUGCACUGAGUGACACCCAGGAUCCACCCUGCUCAGGAGAAUUCUUCUCUGGUCUCAGCUCCUCUUGUAACUCUUCACCGGAAACCAACCAUUACAUGCAUAGAUCAAUCUCAUCAGUGGUAAACAGUUUGCAGCUAUAUUCUGCUAGGAAUACAAGUUCUCUUCUACAGAAUACAAGUUGUAACCAGAAAAUCAGACACGCAUUGCUUGAACUUGAAACUGCUCUUAUGGCCCCUGAUGACAAUGAAGUUACUACAUCUAAUACUUCAUUUGCUGAAAGCACCAGGCCAAUGCGAUCUAUGUCCUGGAGCCAUGAACACCAGGGGUCACAAUCACAAUAUAUUCAACGUCAAGUAUCACAUGUUUCCAGCAGCACUCAGUCAAGAGAAGGUGUACAUGUAGAGAAAAGGCAGAAGUUGAUGGAGGAAGCAAAAGCAUCGCCACAAGGGUUCCCAUCAAGCAAUGAUUUGAAGCAAUUGCUGAUUGCAUGUGCCAGAGCCAUGUCUGAAAACAACAUGAGAGACUUUGAUCAACUAAUAGAAAAGGCCAGAAGUGCUGUCUCUAUCAACGGUGAGCCGAUUCAGCGGCUCGGUGCUUACAUGGUAGAAGGGCUUGUUGCAAGGAAGGAAGCAUCAGGUAACAGCAUCUACCAUGCCCUUAACUGCAGGGAGCCUGAAGGGGAAGAAUUGCUAUCUUACAUGCAAUUGCUUUUUGAAAUCUGCCCUUACUUAAAAUUUGGUUACAUGGCUGCCAAUGGAGCCAUUGCUGAAGCUUGCAGAAAUGAGGACCGCAUACACAUCAUAGACUUUCAGAUUGCUCAGGGAAGUCAAUGGAUGACUCUUCUUCAAGCUCUUGCAGCAAGACCUGGUGGGGCACCCCAUGUGAGGAUCACCGGGAUUGAUGACCCUGUUUCGAAGUACGCUCGCGGAGAUGGACUAGACAUAGUUGGUAAAAGGUUGGCAUUGAUGUCUGAGAAGUUUGGCAUACCAGUGGAGUUUCAUGGAGUACCUGUUUUUGGUCCUGAUGUGACAAGAGACAUGCUUGAUAUCAGGCCAGGGGAGGCUCUGGCUGUGAAUUUUCCCUUGCAGCUCCAUCACACUGCUGAUGAGAGCGUUGAUGUGAGUAACCCAAGGGAUGGGCUGUUGAGAUUGGUGAAGUCACUUUCUCCCAAGGUGGUGACACUGGUGGAGCAGGAAUCAAAUACAAACACAACCCCUUUCUUCAACAGGUUCAUGGAGACCUUGGAUUACUACUUGGCGAUCUUCGAGUCGAUCGAUGUCACCCUCGCGAGAAAUAGCAAGGAGAGGAUUAAUGUGGAGCAGCAUUGUCUGGCCCGGGAUGUCGUGAAUGUCAUUGCUUGCGAAGGGAAGGAAAGGGUAGAGCGGCAUGAACUGUUCGGUAAGUGGAAGUCUAGGUUAACAAUGGCUGGGUUUCGUCAAUCUCCUUUGAGUUCUUAUGUGAAUUCUGUGAUAAAAAACCUUCUGAGAUGCUAUUCAGAACACUAUACACUAAUUGAGAAAGAUGGUGCCAUGCUGUUGGGGUGGAAGAACAGAAGUUUGAUAUCAGCUUCAGCAUGGCAUUGAUAAGAACAUAGAUAGGGAAUAGUGUAGUAGUAGUAAUUGUAGAAAUAUCAUGAUGAUGGAAAACCUCAUGCUAGCUGAGCCAGUGCUAUGUCAUAUUUCAUUGUUUUAUAGGUCUAUGCUUGUUACAUUUGUCCAUAUAGAGUCUCAUGUACUAGUGGCGUAGUAUAUUAAUUCUUUUACAAAAUGUUUGGGCAUGUAAGCAUGUUCACUGUUUUGUUUUGUAGACCUUGUGUCUGAAAAUUAUGUCAAUCACAAAAUUAUGAA